CAACAGCUCGGGGUUACAAAAUAGGACGCACUGUCUGUUACGCAAGAACUGCAGACACCAAGUUGUAAUUUUUUGUGUAUUUGGAAUGGAGAGUUCGAUUGCAGUUGUUUGACGGCUUGGCACACUCUAAGACAUAAGCUGUGAGAUCAACAAGGCAGGAUGGGGUUUGGAUCUCAGCUGCUGCUGUUGAUGUGGAAGAACUACACCCUCCGCAAGAGGCAAAAGGUUCGACUGUUACUUGAAAUAGUAUUUCCGCUGACUUUGUUCUUCAUCCUUGUAAUUGUCCGCCAGCGUCCAGAUCUCAAGACUCAACAUGGAGAAUGUCACUUUGAGGGGAAACCAAUGCCUAGCGCAGGAAAUUUACCCUGGCUCCAGGGACUGGUGUGUACCUACAAUAAUACAUGCCACGCCACGGCCACUGCCGAUGAGAUGGCUGGUCAGCUGCAGACAUUCAACACCUCUCUAUUAAGUGAGAUAGUGAGAGACCUGACACGAGUACUAGAAGACCAGUCAGCAUUAAAGGUGUAUGAGGAUAUUGUCAAUGACUACUACAUUCUGAUGGAGGUGUUAGGAGGGGUACAGAAUGGUACAACUACAGGAACGCUGAAUUUGGGGAAUUUUGUUGGUAGCCGACAGAAUUUGACAGACCAGCUUCAGCAGCGGAAUAUUUCUUUGGCACCAGAUGCCAUUGAUAUGAUACUCAACUCGACCAUCAACCUAAAUGGGUAUGAUCUUGCGACCGUCAAUGAAAUAUUGACAGACUUCAGCACCUGUCAGCAAAGUCCACUGGUGGCGUCUGCUGAUGAUUUCCGUACCCUGUUGUGUAACACUGGCAAUAUCUCUCAACUGCUGAACUUCCAGAACCCCGGGGAUGCUGCAUAUGUCCUGAGUCAAAUCUGUGGCCUCGAUGAAGUAGAUUUCACCACGGCUUUUGAAAUUCUAAGGGAUCAGUUCGACCCUAAUAGUGCUGUAGAUGAAAUUGACAACUUCAUUACAAAUACCACUGGAAGGGCACCAAGAACAAAUCCAGCUGAACUACUUCGGAUCUUUGAGGAAAUCAGUAAUACAGUGACAGACUUUACAAAUUUGAGGAAUUCUGCAUCAGGCCUUGCUCCUAUCAUGGACCUGAUUCGUGACGUCAGCAAUGGAAAUUUUUCUGGUUUCUCUGUGUCCUCCAUUGGAACCAUGGUGUGUGGCAGGGAAGGCUCUUUCUUUAACUUUGGUGAUGAUGAAUCAGAUGGAGACUUUCAGAGUGCAGGGAAUCCAGGAAGCCAGCCUAACCAAGCGAACAACUUUGGGACAACAAACCAACCACCUGUGACCACUAGAACUCCUCCGAUAAGGGUUAGAUCCAGAAAUGCCCAGAACAGGUCUUAUACUUCUGAUGCGUGUAAAAGCAUCCAGUCCUCGCUGGGUGGUAGUUCUAGCUACAUUUGGAGGCAGCUGAAGCCGUUAUUACAGGGAGAGAUCCUGUACUACCCGGAUACUCCUGAUGUACAGAUCGUCAUCAAGGAGACCAACAGAACAUUUGAAGAUUUGGCCAGAUUCAGCGAUGCAGUAGUACUACUGGAUUCUGACACACUGAUGCUGGAGUCCUCGUUAGACAUGCUCACUAACUUCACGGGAUCAUGUCUUUGUGAGUUAGUGGAGAAUGCCACGGCUGGGUUGGACUUGGCUCAGCUUAUCACUUCCCAGUUAUACCCCCUGCCGAGCUUCGUACCCAGCUUCCUCGUCAAUAUAGGCGUACAAGAAGUAGAGGAUUACAUCAACAGCAACCAAUACUGGAUGAUGAUCAAGAGCCCUAAUGAGAGCUUUUGUCAUUUCCUCAAUAACUACCUGGUCAAUGGGUCACUGGGGACAAGCUUUGACCUUCGAGACACCCUAGGGAUGGUUGAACAGGUGGCAGGGAUGGUGGCAGAGUAUACACAGUGUAUCAACUUUGACCGCUUUCGUGGCUUCAAUGAUUACGAGGAAUUUGAAAAAGCUAGUAAGGCUGGUAUAGGAGCAGACACAUUUUUUGGAGGCCUACAGUUUGAUGAGGUGAGGAUGGACAGUAAGAAGCGACCGACCUUUGUCAACUAUAGGAUUCGUAUGGACCCAGACAAGGUGGACAGCACCAAGAGAGUCCAAGAUAGGUACUGGCGUCCAGGCCCCAGACGGACACCAGCUGUUGAUACCAAGUACACAACUUUUGGGUUCUCCUAUAUCCAGGAUAUGGUUGACCAUGCGAUCAUCCGCCUGCAGACAGACAACAAACAGGACACCGGCAUUGAGCUUCAGAUGUUCCCUUACCCCUGUUACACUGAGGACAAGUUUGUGUAUGCAAUCUCACGGUCGCUGCCACUGUUUCUGGUUUUGGCCUGGGUGCUAACUGUUGCCAUGAUAUGUAAGAAUGUGGUAUAUGAGAAGGAAAAGCGUUUGAAAGAAGUGAUGAAGAUCAUGGGACUUGGAAACCUGGUCCAUUGGGUCGCCUGGUUCAUCAACGCCUUCGUCGUCAUGUUUGUCACUAUCCUCCUUCUGGUCAUCCUUGUCAAGGGAGGAAAGGUGCUGGAGUUCUCCGAUCCAAGUGUACUGAUAUUUUUCUUCACUGUGUUUGCCAUAUCAACCAUCAUCCAGUGUUUCCUGAUCAGUGUGUUUUUCAGCCGUGCUAACCUGGCGGCCUGUUGUGCUGGCUUUAUCUACUUUUUACUGUAUCUGCCCUACAACCUCUCUAUACAGUGGGAAGAUCAGAUGACCGGUGGUCACAAGUUCCUUGGGAGUCUGUCAUCAGGUGUGGCGUUUGGGUUUGGCUGUAGCUACAUUGCCCGCUAUGAGGAGCAGGCCAUAGGUAUCCAGUGGAGUAACCUGGCCGAGACUCCCACUGUAGAUGAUGAGUUCAACAUGCUGUACUGUAUCAUAAUGAUGCUGGUUGACUCUGUCCUAUACGCCAUAGCUGUGUGGUACAUCGAGGCAGUGUUUCCCGGUGACUUUGGAAUCCCUCGCAAGUGGUACUUCCCCUUCCAGAAGUCGUACUGGUGUGGAAACAAAGGAUAUUCAGUAGACGGAAUGGCCUACGCUAUCGGGGAAUCCACCUUGGAACUGAAUGGUUCCUCUGUACGGACUAUGGAGAAUGAGCCCAAACACAGACGUCUAGGCGUGGCCAUACGGAAACUCAAGAAGGUUUACAGCCAGGGUAAGAAGGUGGCUGUGGAUGGACUGACUAUGAACUUCUAUGAGGGUCAAAUCACCUCCUUCCUUGGCCAUAAUGGUGCUGGAAAGACCACAACCAUGUCGAUUUUGACAGGGCUUUUCCCACCGACAGAAGGCACAGCAUUUAUCUAUGGGAAGGACAUUAGAACUGAAAUAGACGAGAUCAGAAAGAGUAUUGGCAUGUGUCCCCAACACAAUGUUCUGUUUGAUCAUUUAACUGUUGAAGAACACUUGUGGUUCUUUGCACGAAUGAGAGGAUUGAGCCCUAAAAAGGUUGAGAAGGAAAUGGAACAGAUGAUAAAGGAUGUAGGCCUGCCCCACAAACGCAAGGAACUGUCCAACAGCUUAUCAGGUGGUAUGAAGAGGAAACUCUCUGUCGCUAUUGCAUUUUGUGGAAAUGCCAAGACAGUAAUUCUAGACGAGCCAACAGCUGGUGUUGAUCCUUACGCCAGACGGUCCAUCUGGGAACUCCUGUUCAAGGUCAAGAAGAAUCGUACAAUCCUACUGUCGACUCACCACAUGGACGAAGCAGACGUCCUCGGGGACAGAAUAGCCAUCAUCUCACAGGGCAAGUUGUGCUGCUGUGGCUCCAGCUUGUUCUUGAAGUCACUCUAUGGUAACGGCUAUUAUCUGACCAUGGUCCAGUCAAAUGGGGAGGAUCAGGAUGAAGAUCGGGACAGUGUCGAGGAGGAACAGGAAGUGGUUAAAUCACCAGGGAAGUACGACAGGGUCAACAGCUUCCAGCUGGAGGAGAGGCCAAUGUCUGCUGGGAGUGUCAUAUCAGGCAACAGCACCAGGACUGUCAAGCAAGUUGAGCCAUCCAUGUUGGAGACUACAGAUGAGGGCUACGCUGAUAGUAAUACAGAGAGAAGUGAUAGUGAUCCUCCUACUCCACCUCCAGAAUCUGCCACCAUGAUACCAGGUUUCAGUGUAGAACGAGUGGCGGCCUUUGUGAGGAAGUAUGUUUCUCGGGCACGGUUAGUAGAGGAUAACAAUGCUGAGCUGACCUUCCAGCUCCCUGACCAGGCUGCACAUGAUGGAAAGUUUCACCAACUGUUUCUCGCUCUUGAACGCUGUCACAAGGACCUUGGUAUCUCAAGCUUUGGUAUCUCAGACACGAGUCUGGAGGAGGUUUUCCUGAAAGUCACAGAAGAACAUUCCAAAGAUGAUGAGCUUGAUGAUGAGUUACUGAGAAAUAAACAGGAAGAGACAACAGACAAGGGACGAUUUGCUAGGUCUGUUACUCGUCUGAGCUUCAGCAGAAAGAAGAAGAAAUCGUUCCUCAAGUCUUUGGCAUUAGCAUCAAAACGUGGAAAAGCUAAAGUGGACACAGACGAUCUGUUGUCAGAAACAGUCAGUGUUGCUGUUGGGAAAUUGCGAUCUGGAGAGUCAGUAGUGUCUGAGGCAAUAACAGAAAAAGGUGACGUUGGCUUUAACCACAAACAUAUGACAAAAGUUAUCGGAAAAUGGCUAAUUGUUCGACAGUUUAUUGCACUCUUUAUCAAGAGAUUCCAUCGUGUGAGGAGAAGUAAGAAAGGAUUUCUCUGUGAGAUCGUACUUCCUGCUGUAUUUGUACUGAUGGCAAUGAUAUUUGCGGAGAUAUCUCCUCCUUUGACCGAGGAACCUCCCCUGGAGCUACACCCCUGGCACUACAUACCCAAACUUGGUGAAAAGAAGCUUUACAUGUUCUACAGUAUGGAUGGUGCGAGUCCAAAAGGAGAGAAAAACCUGGAUAUGCUUGUCAGGAAUCCGUCCGUAGGCAACAGAUGCAUGAAUCCCUCUAUACAUACCAUAGCUGAGUAUCCAUGUGGUGGUGACUGGAGAAGCCAGGCCAUCAGACAGUGGUCAACACCUGUGGCAGGGAAUAUGAACCUCCAAUGUUCCUGUACUUCUGGCUGGCAGCGAUGUCCUGAAGGUGCUGGAGGUCCAGAUCCGUCACUUGUUAAUCUACCCACGACAGAUACUCUGUACAACAUGACAGGCCGUAGCAUCAGCGAAUGGAUCCUCAAAACUCACAAGCGUUACCUAAAGAGAAGGUUUGGUGGGUUUUCCAUUGGAGAUGUAGAGUCUGAGGCUGUAGAGUUACAAAAAGCCUUACAGAAUGCCUCCCAAGUUCUCAACACUUCAUCCUCAGACUGGGACUGGGUCCGCGACCUCUUCUCCCAGGACGUCAACAAGGUAUGGUACAACAACAAAGGCUGGGCAGCUAUUGUAGCGUAUACAAACGUGAUGAACAAUCUGAUUCUGCGUAGCAUGGCACCCAAUGUUUCAAAACCAACAGACUACGGCAUUGUCACCUUCAACCACCCAGUAGAGUACACCAAAUCUCAACUCACUACCAAACUUCUACGAGCCAGUGGUGUGGACCUUGUAAUAGCCAUCUGUAUGAUCUUUGCCAUGUCCUUCAUACCAGCAAGCUUUACUAUGGUCCUAAUAGAGGAACGUGCUUCCAACUCCAAGCACCUGCAGUUUGUGAGCGGUGUAAACCCAACAGUUUACUGGAUAUCUAACAGUACCUGGGAUAUGAUGAGCUACUUUGUGUCAUGUGUGCUGAUGUUGUUUAUCUUCCUGGCAUUUGGACGAGAGGCCUAUGUUGGUCCAAUGAAUGGGCCCUGUCUACUGGCUCUUCUCUUCUUCUAUGGGUGGGCCAUGAUUCCAUUAAUGCACCCGUUCAGUCGACUGUUUGGUGUGCCCAGUACGGCCAUGGUAACACUGCAGUCAAUCAACAUCUUCAUUGGCACCACCACUACCAUGGCAACCUUCAUCCUGGAGUUCCUUGAGCAGUCUGAUGAGGAGCUAAAGGAUAUCAACAUCCUAUUGAAGAAAGUGUUUCUGGUAUUCCCCCAGUAUUGUCUGGGCCGUGGCCUCAUGGAUAUGUCCACCAAUCAGCUCUAUGCAGAGGCCAAUGCUGAGUUUGGAUUCUCAUCAGGUGGACCACCAAGUCCAUUUGAGUUUGACCAGGUUGGCAAGAAUCUGUUGGCUCUGUUCAUUGUUGGUGUAUUUUUCUUCAUACUCAAUAUACUUGUUGAGUACAACUUCUGCAUCAAAAGAGGACGCAGGUGUUUCUGGCAGAGAAAGCCGACUCACGCCAGCUUGGAGGAUGAAGAUCCUGAUGUUGCCCGAGAAAGGAAGCGUGUUAUGGAGAAAAAGAAUAGUCAAGAUGAUGUGUUGAGAUUAGAAUGUCUGACCAAGAUGUAUGGACUGAGAGGUAAGAAGGGAAGAAACACUGCUGUGGAUAAUCUAUGUGUGGGGGUCCCUAAGGGACAGUGCUUUGGACUUCUGGGAGUUAAUGGAGCUGGCAAGACCACCACCUUCAAGAUACUUACUGGUGACGUCAGUGUUACCGAGGGCAACGCUUAUGUCAAUGGCCACAGUAUCCUUUCAGACAUGGUCAGUGUUCACAGGAGUAUCGGCUACUGUCCACAGUUUGAUGCCUUCGACAAUCUACUCACUGGCAGAGAAAUACUCUCAUUUUAUGCAAGGCUUCGCGGCGUUCCUGAGAAGGACAUCAAAGAGGUAGCAGAGUGGGCAGUGAGGAGGCUGAACCUGACACAGUAUGCUGACAAACUGUCCGAAGGUUACUCUGGGGGAAACAAGCGCAAGCUGUCCACAGCAAUCUCUCUUAUCGGCAACCCCUCAAUCAUAUUCCUUGAUGAACCAACAACAGGCAUGGAUCCUCGGGCCCGAAGGUUUUUGUGGAAUUGUAUUAAUGCCAUUGUGAAGGAUGGUCGUUCUGUUAUACUAACCUCACACAGUAUGGAGGAGUGCGAGGCUCUCUGUAGUCGCCUGGGAAUCAUGGUCAAUGGAAGGUUUAUGUGUAUGGGCAGUACCCAGCAUCUCAAAAACAGAUUUGGAGAGGGAUACACAGUGAUCUUCCGAGUGUCAGGAGAACGUCCUAAUCUUAAAGCUGUACACAACUUCAUCACGCACUCGUUUGAAGGGGCUGAAAUGAAGGAAAAACAUUACAACAUGGUGCAAUAUCAACUCAAGAGUGAUGUCAAGCUUUCAAACCUCUUCAAACAGAUAGAAGGAGUUAAACGUGAACUCAAUAUUGAGGACUACUCUGUAUCUCAGACAACAAUGGACCAGGUGUUCAUUAACUUUGCCAAGCUGCAGACAGACUUAUUGGAUGAUGAACCAGACCCAAGUACACUGAACAAAGAUAUGGACGUUAUCCCCAUUAGUGGAACAUCAGGAGAGACUGACAUGGACGAGGAGAGCCUUGCUGGUAGUACACUGGAUCUAAUUCCUGGCAGGAACAGGAGUGUAUCAGAUCUAGAUCAUACCCUGGGCUUGAGAGAGAUGAACAGCCGCUAUGAGUAUACUGAUGAGGAAAGUUUGGCUGGAAGCACUGUCGACCUUAUUCGUCCUGGCAGUGCACGCAGCAGUCAACGCAGCACACACAACCCGGACUAUUUCCCAAAUGUGGAUAUAUUCUAGUUGUCUCUGUGUGGAUCAUGAAAUGUGUCCCAAACAGGUUUUAUAUUGUUGGUCAUGACUAUAAUACUGUAUUGUAUCAUGUUAUGUAUUGGGGAUUGUUUACAUAACUCAGGCUUGUUCUUGUGGAUCCAAGACUUUAUUACGUUCUAUAAAACUAUACAUGGUGGACCAAUAAUACGGAUAACAGAUGUAUAAUUAUAGAUAUACUUAUUGUUCUACCAUAGAUAUACAUGUUAUGUGUCAUAGACAGGAAAUUCUGUGUGUAUGUAUGACAUGUUAUUUAUAAUGUGUCACACACAGCGUACAUGUAUAACCCGGUAUUUACCGAGUAUAAUACAUUAUAGACAGGACAAUUUGUACAUAACCUGUUGUAUAAGAGAUUUAAACUUUUUGAUUCUUGUAAUAAUGUUUACCUUAUAAAUCAUGUUACCUAGACAAAUUUCAUUCUGUAAGCUUUUUUUAUAUCUGUUACCUUUAGAUAUUUGAAUUCUUAUCAUUGUCCUCAGUUUUUAGUAAAGCAUUUGUGAUGACAACUUAUGGACCUAACACGAACUCUGGAGGUCAUCUUACUGAUAUUAUUAUGAAGUAUGUUAUGAUGUAUUAUAUUCUAUUUAUCACACUUGAAGAUAAAAUGACAUAUACAUAUACUCUAUUUCAGGCAUUCUGUCAAUUUUUUACCUUUUUAAUUUCUUAAAAUAUAUUUCACAAAUAUGCUCAAACAUGCCUGAGAACAAGGUUUCGUAUCAGGGAAGUACUCAAUAUUUAAUGUAUUUUCAAAGUGCUUUUGAUAUUAUUACAGCUAUCAUUGUCAAUGAGUUAAGCUACAGAAAUAAGAAUAAAUUGUGUUUGUUGACAACAUCCAAUAGGCUUACCUGUUGGUUGUUGUUGGAUGUACAGCCAAAAUGAAGUGGUCAACUGACGGCAGUCAUGUAAAGGUGUAUUAUUACAAUUCAUCUCCAAAUUCUUACAAUUAAUUUAUUCUAAAUGCUGUAUACCUGUGUAUACUAAGCAUCACCAGUGUAAUACACCUAAAAUUUUCUUAUUUUCCACUGAUAAUUUUUCUGAUUCUUAUAUUAAAGCUGAACAAUAAUUCCUAAUUAUGCAAAGAGAUUUUUUCCGUCCUGAUAAUGCUAUCAACUGCUUAAACACAUCAUGAUAAUUUAAAUUCAUUGGGUUAUGUAACAUAAUCGUGAUUUGGUACUGCUUAAACAUCAUACUGUAUCCUCAUGGUGCGAUUCAUUGGUUUGACGUUACUGCUUAAACAUUUCCUUGUGAUAUCAUCUUCACCAAGUCUUUCUGAAAUUUAUAUUUGUUUGAACAAGUAGCAAAAUGUUGUAGCUUCACAGCAGUCUAUUGUUUUUGUGCAUUGUUGUAGAAGGAAUUGUUAACAGUCAAUAGAUGUAAAUAAUAUAGAGGAGUGGUGUACCCUGUCGGAGGAGAUGGGAUGUCAUGUGACAAGUGAUGGUAAAAAUUCUUAUCCCGUUGUUGCAAGAGAUUUGAUGUUGGUAAUGAUGUCUUGCAAGAGGAGAAAAUGAGUGGGAGGGUGAUGGUGCUUGAGAGGGUAUGGGUGUGUGAUAUUUAUCUAGAUUUCUUCAACAUUUGAUAACUGAUUCCCACAGUUACAUGUACUAGAUUUACAUAAACAUAGUUCCCAGAAUAAUGAAGAAAAAAGUUAAUAUUGAUAAUCCCUCGUUAUAUUUCACUCUUAGUUGAGUUCUGAUGACAUUUGUAUUGUUAUCUAGUGAAACAGAAUCAAACCAAAUCCACUUACAGUGUAUAUAUGAUUUAUCAUUGAAUUGCUGUGACAUUGUGGUUCAACAUUAUCAGUGAUCAUGGAAAUUCCUGUGUCAUAUUUUAUGUUGUUUUAUUGUUGAGUACAUUUAUUUUAUUUGUAGUCUGUAUUGACUGUUUAUAUUUUGUUGCCAAAUUGUUUUGGUUCUUUAUAAAUUGUUUUGGUACUUUUAAAAAUUGUUUUGGUACUUACCAAUGUUUUAUUUUUUGUAAUAUAGAAUUUUAAUGCAUAAUACAUUAUCAUCUUGCCUAUGUGAUCACAUCACUUGCCUCGUUAUUCACCUUUAGAUUUUGAUUUCUGACAUUCCAAUGUCAAAUGUCUGCAUUGACUUCAGAGAACUUAUAUAUGCUUUUGUCACCUCAUUCGAUUUUUUGUUUGUUUUGGUCUUUGAUUUCUUUAACAAUUGUUUUUAACGUAUAUGGAUACGAGAUAUUUAAUGUCUAAGACUGACAAGUUGUGAUUUUCACUAAAUUCAUUUGAAAUAUAAUACAUGGGGACAUAAAAUCCAAAACAUAUGUUUGUUAUAAAAUAUCCAAUACAUAUAAAUACAGACCACAGUUUUUGGGCAUUUUGCCAUUUACCGGAAUGUUGUAACAUUCAGAUGGCAAAGCUAUUUUUUCUUUAAAUAAGAGGUGAUUGUGGUGCUAAUUGGAAUCUGCUAUUUAUGUAUUUAAUCAGAGUUCUUUGUGUACAGAUAUUGUUUGUAUGAACUGCUGUUUAUAUAAACACUUGCAUCCUAAAAUUGUACCAUGUUGAUCUUUCUACUUGGAGAACUCUUCAGAACAAAUCGUAAAAAUAUAUUUAUGGAAUCUCAGAUUUUUGAGAGUAGUAUGGUGUGAUUAGCAUGGUGAUACACCUUAUUAGUGUGUUUUCAGUGUAGGCCUGAGGUUUCUUCUUUAUUAGGCAACUUUUACCAGUUAUAUAUACUAGAUAUCUAUAUAUACCUGUGUCUUUCAAAUGACUUUGAUUCUGCAAAUCUCGUUUGGCAUAUCAUUUCAUUGUUAAUUUGAUUAUGUGUUUUGUACAAUUACCAUGUCAUUUAUUUCCCCCCAAAUUGUUUUUGCAAUUCAGUGGUAUGAUCUACAAAAAUGAGUAUCCAAGACAGUCUGAACGGAAAUACUGUUAUUACUUUUUAUAAAAAUUACAUCUAAAACAAAAGAUUAAUCAAAUUAAAAAAAACAACAUAAAAUUAUUUAUUUAUCCUCUGAGAGGGUUACGAAAAUGUAAAAUCAGAACACUGGUAAUCAAAUAAAAACAGGUGUUGAUUUACAGAUACAGAGUGAGAAAAAGAAAAAUGGAUGCAUAUCUAAUUACAUGUGUAUGUUUUAGUAAUUUACUCAUUAUUUCAUUCUAUUAUUGUGUGAUCAAUUUGUAUCUACAUGUUAUUGAAAAUAAAUGUUACACGGUGUUAAAACUC